AUCCUCCAAUUUGCAAAUAAUUAUAAUGUGUAAAAAUUAAUAAUAGCCAUAGUCAAGCUGCCAAGAAGCAAUACUUUGGGUGAAUGAUCUGAAAUUCUCCACCUGAGUUCUUAUCCAUCGGUACAUUGGGCGUGGUAGACUGUUCACUGUUAGAUAAUAUUAAUUUUCUCCUAGCCGGCUGGGAGUAAAUUACAUUCGGAAAAGAUUGCAGAUCCAUUAAGCAUUUUAUAAGGUGGUAAAUCCUAGUCGAAAGUGAGCAGUAUUCUGAAAACCAAUCAUUCCUCGUACUGGAAAUGUCGAGCAAGGAGGUACAGCAGCCCAGUGCAUCCCCACAAAGACAAUAUAAUCGGAUAAACUUUCCCUUGUACUCGGUCUCGGCGCUGUCCUGUAACCAUGUCAUUGUCGCUGGAGGAGGAGGAGCAGCUAACACGGGUGUUUUCAACGGAUUUGCAAUUUGUGAAAUUGGGUAUGAAAAUAAUGGAUAUGUCGCCUACGAAGUCCAAAGGCAUCCAACUGGGGGAUCAUCCGUGAUGAAUUCCGCCAUCGGAUCUUUCAAUAAUGGCAAAAGACUUUUUCUUGCUGCUGGAAAGGAUGCAGAAUGUACAAUUUAUCAAAUUAAACUGCAGUCCAGAAAACUAACCCACAGAGGAGACCAUGGUAAUAAUGAUGAUGGUGUCCGACAUCGCACUAACGCAAGUACAGCAAAUACUAAUGGAGAAGUACCAAAUUUAUCAGAAAAAUCCCCAUUUGGGGACGUUGACGAUAAAAUUGCCACGGAUUUGGUAUUUGAUAUUCAGUCCAUAGUCAGCGUUCAAACAGAUUUUAGUGUUGGUGACCCAUGCCAAAAUACUGUUUGCUUCAGUUCAGAUUCCAGAAUAGCAGUAACUGGUGGCGCUGAUGGAGUUCUUCGUGUAUGGAAUUUCCCUGAGAUGCAGAUUAAAUCGUCAAUAAACGCUUCAAAAAAAGAAAUUUCGGAUAUCGACAUUAGUUCAGAUCGAAAAUUGGUUACUUGUGUAAGCAAAGAUGGUAAAUGCAAAGUUUGGUCACUUUCCGACGGAAAACUGAAUUGCAGCCUGGAUUUACCUCCAGAAGAUGAAGGAAAAUAUUUGUACAAACGUUGCAAGUUUGGAAUCGUUGAAGAUAAACGGAAUAUUCAAAGACUAUUUGUGAUAAUUAAUCCUUUAAAUUAUAAACAACACAAGUCUUACAUACAACACUGGACUGGUCCAACAUUUUCCUUGACUAAAGUAGCUCCCGUCGGUGAAGCAUUAUCUGCGUUGGCUGUUAGCAAAUGUGGGCGAUAUGUUGCGAUUGGCUCGAUGUCUUCGGGUGACGUUGACAUUUACGUGGGAUUUAGUUUGCAGCGGAUUAAGCACAUUGAACGUGCUCACAAGACAUUUGUGACAGGACUAGGAUUUUUGCCUCCCAUGCAAACAAAUGAAGACUCCGUGUUGGCAAAUUGUGACGCGGCAGUCGUUAGCAUAUCUGUGGAUAACAAAAUCUUGGUGCAUCACAUCGAGAGGAAAAAUGGUGUAUCCAUGUGGUUAGCUGUGCUCCUUGUAAUUCUAGUGCUUAUUGGGACAUUUAUUUUUUGCAGUUGGUUGGAUUUGUGAAUUUAUAUCUGAUAAUAAUACUAAAAAUUGUGUACCGCACUUAAUGUUAUUUUUUUUGAAGUAACAGAAGCAAAUAUUUUCCGGUUCCUUCAUAUGUUUUUGUACUCUGAAACAGUCCACGCCUCAAUAAAGCUAAUCGCACAAGCAAAGCA